GGGUGCGCCGCAGCUUUCCAUGCCAGUCUAACACAGCCCUGUGAGAAAGCGUGUGUGAAUUUGUGCUGCAAGGUUGCUACGCAAACCGAAGAUAGCCUACCCGCCGAUGGCAAGUGAGGCUACAGCCGAAUUCAUAGUACAGGACAUUACCCUGUAAACUAAAGGAAUUCGCUGUAUCAUAGGCAUGCUCAUGUGAAUUACCAUUUGAAUAAAUUGAUGGUCAACCGAAGUUGAGCGCGCUGAAUUUUCAGCAUAGAUUCGUUAUUGUGGUUUUACCUAAUAUUAGCCGUGUGAAACCUAGAAUCGGCUUUUAGGGAUUUUAGGAUAUAAAUGAGGGGGCAUUGGGUAUGCGACAAUUUAUAGGAAUUGGGAGUAAAUAGGAGUACUCUAAAUUGUUUGAUGAACGCGGCGUCAGACUUUCUCGUGGUACUCGUAGAAUUUUCCGUGGAUGUAAGUAGAAUACUCCAUCACCUCAACGAAGAGAAGACCGUCACAGCUUGUGUGAUCAGAAUUAAAAUAUCAGCAGCAGCUCCCAUUGAAACCGAAAGAAACAUGUGAAGACCCUGGUAAAGAUACAAGCGCGAACCUUUGAGAAGACAAAGUGGAAGGUAGCCUAGCUUCCUUCCCUCACAUUCCUCCUCCUGUUUACUCUGCUGUUGCCUUGCUGCAAGCGUCCCUAGAGGUAUGGAGGGCCGGCGGUCGCGGCGGGUAACACGACGCAGCAGCAGGACUUCCCCAGCGGGCCCUAGAGGGGGCGCUGUGCUGGCCAUGCUGGGCCUGUGGCUGUUAGCUGUCGCUGCCACCGUGUGCCAAGGCCAGAUCACCUUCACCAGCUUCCACCCGGAGAGCCGGGAGUGGGCCUUCAACCACCUGACGGUCCACCAGACAACGGGGGCGCUCUACAUCGGAGCGGUCAACCGCGUCUACAAGCUCUCUGGUAACCUGACCCUCAUGGUGUCCCACGACACAGGCCCUGAGGACGACAACAAGGCAUGCUACCCGCCCCUCAUCGUCCAGCCCUGCUCUGAACCCCUGACCUCCACUAACAAUGUCAACAAACUGCUUCUCAUAGACUACAGUCAGAAUCGUCUGCUGGCCUGCGGUAGUCUCUACCAGGGAGUCUGCAAGCUCCUGCGUCUGGAUGAUCUCUUCAUCCUAGUGGAGCCGUCCCAUAAGAAAGAGCACUACCUCUCCAGCGUCAACCAGACAGGAACUAUGUACGGGGUCAUCGUGCCCUCCUCCAAGGGCCAGGAUGGGACUCUCUUCAUCGGGACGGCCGUAGAUGGUAAACAGGACUACUUCCCCACCAUCUCCAGUCGUCAGCUCCCCCGCGACCCAGAGUCCUCGGCCAUGCUAGACUACGAGCUUCACACAGACUUUGUCUCGUCUCUGAUAAAGAUCCCGUCAGACACGCUGGCGCUGGUGUCCCACUUCGACAUCUACUACGUGUAUGGCUUCGCCAGCGGCUCCUUCGUCUACUUCCUGACCGUCCAGCCCGAGACGCCGGAGAACAGCAUGUCAUCAGGUGGAUCCUCCAACGACCUCUUCUACACCUCGCGCAUCGUCCGCCUCUGCAAAGACGACCACAAGUUCCACUCGUACGUCUCCUUACCCGUGGGCUGCGUGAGGAACGGUGUGGAAUAUCGUCUCCUGCAGGCCGCCUACCUGGCCAAGCCGGGCCGUGUGCUGGCCGCCUCGCUCAACAUCAGCGCCACGGACGACGUGCUCUUCACCGUAUUCUCCAAGGGCCAGAAGCAGUACCACCGGCCACCAGAUGACUCGGCGCUCUGCGUGUUCACCAUCAAGGACAUCAACGCCCGUAUCAAGGAGCGCCUGCAGUCCUGCUACCAGGGAGAGGGCAACCUGGAGCUCAACUGGCUGCUGGGAAAAGAUGUGCAGUGCACUAAAGCGCCGGUGCCCAUCGAUGACUCGUUCUGUGGUCUGGACAUCAACCAGCCCCUUGGCGGCUCUCAGCUGGUGACGGGACACACCCUCUACACAGAGACACGGGACCGCAUGACCUCUGUCACCUCCUACGUCUACAACGGAUACUGCGUGGCUUUUGUCGGCACCAAGAGCGGACGCCUCAAAAAGAUCCGUGUGGACGGUCCUCCUCACGGUGGGGUCCAGUAUGAGACGGUGUUGGUCAUCAAGGAAGGCAGCUCCAUCCUCAGAGACAUGGCCUUCUCACUGGACCACAGCUAUCUGUACGUCAUGUCAGAGAAACAGGUGACACAGGUCCCUAUAGAGUCAUGUGAUCAGUACGGGACGUGUGGAGAGUGCCUGAGCUCCGGUGACCCCCACUGUGGCUGGUGUGUCCUACACAACAUGUGUUCUCAGAAGGACCGUUGUGAGCGUGCAGAUGAGCCGUACCGUUUCACUGUUGCUCUCUCUCAGUGUGUGAAGGCCACGGUGUACCCAGACAGCAUUGCAGUGUCAGAGCCCAGCGUGCCAUUGCUGGUGAAGGUAUCUGAUGUCCCAGACCUGGCAGCUGGGAUCACCUGUUCCUUUGGAAACCUGACAGAGGUGGAGGGACAGGUCAGCGGUAACCAGAUCUUCUGUCUGUCCCCCACCGCUAAGGAUGUUCCCCUCAUACCUGCUGACCAAGACUGGUCAGGUGUAGAGUUGAGGCUCAACUCUAAGGAGACUGGUCAGAUGGUCAUCAGCACGGAGGUCAAGUUCUACAACUGCAGUGUUCACCAACUGUGUCUGUCCUGUGUGAACAGUGCCUUCCGCUGCCACUGGUGCAAGUACCGUAACCUGUGUACCCAUGACCCCUCCAGCUGCUCCUUCCAGGAGGGACGCGUCAACGCCUCCGAGGACUGUCCUCAGCUGGUGCGGUCAGAGGAGAUUCUGAUCCCAGCUGGGGAGGUGAAGCCCAUCACCCUGAAGGCCCGGAACCUUCCCCAGCCCCAGUCUGGCCAGCGGGGGUACGAGUGUGUCCUCCACAUCCAGGGGGUCAGCCACCGUGUCACCGCCCUGCGCUUCAACAGCUCCUCUGUACAGUGUCAGAACAGCUCGUAUCUCUAUGAAGGGAUGAAGAUCAGUGAGUUGCCAGUGGAUUUUUCAGUGGUCUGGAACGGCAACUUCAUUAUAGACAACCCAGAUAAUAUCCAAGUGCACCUGUAUAAGUGUGUGGCCCAGAGGGACAGCUGUGGCAUGUGUCUGAAGGCCCAGAGGAAGUUCCAGUGUGGUUGGUGUAGUGGAGAGGGCCGCUGUACCCUGCGCCACCACUGCCCGCCCCUCAACCCCUAUACCACCCGCUGGCUCGACCUGUCCAGCAAGAAAGUCCAGUGUACCAACCCACGCAUCACGGAGGUGACCCCAGUAGCAGGCCCUCCAGAGGGGGGUACCAGGGUGACCAUCCAUGGCAUGAACCUGGGCCUGGCGUUCAGUGAGAUGGUGGACAACGUGAAGGUGGCUGGGGUCAAGUGUUCCCCAGUGGAGGAAGGCUACAUUAUCGCUGAGCAGAUAGUCUGUGAGAUGGAUGCUGCCCCAGCAGACAGCAAAGCUGGACCAGUCCAACUGUGUGUCGGGGAGUGCAUACCUGCGCUCAAGACUCACUCUUCCCAGCUCUACUCCUUCGUGAUGCCGUCGGUACAGGGCCUGUCCCCCACCAGAGGGCCUGAGUCAGGGGGCAGCAAGGUAACCAUCAUGGGAGAGAACCUUGGCGCUGGCAGCAGUGUCACCGUCCUCUUUGGGAACCAGACGUGCGAGUUCUACGGGCGGACCAUGACAGAGAUCGUGUGUUACUCUGCUCCCUCCCUGACUGGGGUGGGUUCGGUCCAGAUCAGUGUGAGUGUGGACCGGGCCCAGGUCAAGGAGAGCCUGAGCUUCGAUUACAUUGAGGACCCCACCGUCCAGCGCAUUGAGCCAGAGUGGAGCAUCGCCAGCGGCCACACUCCUCUGAUGGUGACAGGAACUAAUCUGGAUGUGGUUCAGGAGCCUAGGAUACGCGUCAAGUACGGAGGCCGUGAGUCUGUCAACAUGUGUAAGGUUCUGAAUAGCACCAGUAUGAGUUGCGUUGCUCCGUCCCUGGUGGCAGAGUACCAUCCAGGCCUGGACACUGUCAAACAUGCUGAUGAGUUUGGCUUUAUCUUCAACAACGUCCAGACUCUGCUAGUCUAUAACAACACCAACUUCCUCUACUACCCCAACCCAUACUUUGAACCUCUCAGCACCAAUGGGGUCCUGGAGCAGAAGCCUGGCUCGCCCAUCAUUCUCAAGGGCAAAAACCUGGUGCCCCCAGCCUCAGGGGGGGUGAAGCUCAACUACACUGUACUGAUUGGGGAGACCCCCUGCUCAGUCACUGUGUCUGAGACCCAGCUGCUGUGUGAGCCCCCCAACCUCACGGGCCAGUACAAAGUCAUGGUCCAGGUGGGCGGUCUCCACGUAUCUCCAGGGGCGGUCCACAUCCUGUCAGACAGCCUGCUCACCCUUCCCGCCAUCGUCUCCAUCGCCGCCGGCGGAGGCCUUCUCCUUAUCAUCGUCAUCCUCGUCCUCAUCGCAUACAAACGCAAGUCGCGGGAGAAUGACCUCACCCUGAAGCGCCUGCAGAUGCAGAUGGACAACCUGGAGUCCCGGGUCGCCCUGGAGUGCAAGGAAGCUUUUGCUGAGCUGCAGACGGACAUCAACGAGCUGACCAGUGAUCUGGACAGAGCUGGUAUCCCCCACCUGGACUACCGGACCUAUGCCAUGAGAGUCCUUUUCCCUGGCAUCGAGGACCACCCUGUUCUCAGAGAACUGGAGGUGUCAGGUAACGGCCAGCUGAGCACAGAGAAGGCUCUGAAACUUUUCGCUCAGCUCAUCAACAACAAGGUGUUUCUGCUAACCUUCAUCAGAACUCUGGAGCUCCAGCGCUCCUUCUCCAUGCGUGACCGCGGCAACGUGGCGUCUCUCAUCAUGACUGCGCUGCAGGGCAAACUGGAGUACGCCACCGACGUGCUCAAACACCUGCUCUCUGACCUCAUCGACAAGAACCUGGAGAGCAAGAACCACCCUAAACUACUGCUGCGCAGAACGGAGUCCGUUGCAGAGAAGAUGCUCACCAACUGGUUCGCUUUCCUUCUUCACAGAUUUCUCAAAGAGUGUUCUGGUGAACCUCUGUUCAUGCUGUACUGUGCCAUCAAGCAGCAGAUGGAGAAGGGGCCUAUAGACGCCAUCACAGGAGAGGCGCGCUACUCCCUCAGUGAAGACAAGCUCAUCAGACAGCAGAUAGAGUACAAAACUCUGAUCCUGAACUGCGUGAACCCAGACAAUGAGAACAGUCCUGAGAUCCCAGUGAAGGUGCUGAACUGUGACACCAUCACCCAGGUCAAGGAGAAGAUACUGGACGCCUGCUAUAAGAACAUGCCCUACUCACAGAGGCCCCGCGCUGUCGACAUGGACCUGGAGUGGCGUCAGGGGCGGAUGGCCCGCGUGGUGCUGCAGGACGAGGACAUCACCACCAAGAUAGAGAACGACUGGAAGAGACUCAACACACUCAUGCACUACCAGGUGUCUGACCGCUGUGUGGUGGCUCUGGUGCCCAAACAGACCUCUUCCUACAACAUCCCGCCGUCAGCCAGCAUCUCCAGAACCUCCAUCAGCAGAUAUGACUCAUCCUUCCGGUACACAGGUAGUCCAGACAGUCUGCGUUCCCGUGCCCCUAUGAUAACCCCUGACCUGGAGAGUGGGGUCAAGGUGUGGCACCUGGUCAAGAACCACGAGCAUGGAGACCAGAAGGAGGGAGACCGAGGCAGCAAGAUGGUAUCUGAGAUAUACCUGACCAGGCUGCUGGCCACCAAGGGUACCCUGCAGAAGUUUGUGGAUGACCUAUUUGAGACGUUGUUCAGUACCGUCCACCGGGGUAGCGCCCUGCCCCUCGCCAUCAAAUACAUGUUUGACUUCCUGGACGAGCAGGCGGACAAACACGGCAUCCACGACCAAGAUGUCCGCCACACAUGGAAGAGCAACUGUCUUCCACUGCGGUUCUGGGUGAACGUGAUCAAGAACCCCCAGUUUGUGUUUGACAUCCAUAAGAGCAGCAUCACAGACGCCUGUCUGUCUGUGGUGGCCCAGACCUUCAUGGACUCCUGCUCCACGUCAGAGCACCGCCUGGGCAAGGACUCUCCCUCCAACAAGCUGCUGUACGCUAAAGACAUCCCCAACUACAAGAGCUGGGUGGAGAGGUACUAUGCCGACAUUAACCGUCUGCCAGCCAUCAGUGACCAGGACAUGAAUGCCUACCUGGCAGAGCAGGCCAGGCUCCACUCCACAGAGUUUAACAUGCUCAGUGCUCUCAACGAGAUCUACUCCUAUGUCUCCAAAUACAGUGAGGAGAUCACCAUGGCACUGGAGCAGGACGAGCAGGCUAAGAAACAACGUCUGGCCUACAAGGUGGAGCAGCUCAUCUCAGCCAUGUCCCUGGAGAGCUGAGAAAGACCACGGGAUUAGACGACUGAACCGACCUGGGAUGUCCAUCAGCCACCCAACAAACAGUCCCGAUACUCACCGUGUGAUGGACACCGAACCACCACGGGACAUUUUUACAUCCACAAACAAAGAGUUUUGUUUUUAUCUUAUUUUCCUCUCGUGCCAUAUUGCCACCACCUGGCUAAAAGACGCCAUAGUCUCGGGAAACAUGGAUGGUCAUGAUGAUGAUGAUGUAAGGUGGGACGACCACACCACACACCUCCAUAAAGGCUACAUGGCAUUUUUCUUUCCAAAGGAUAUUAUUUUUGUGUUGUGUGUGUGUAUAGCCCUGAAGGAGAGGUUUGUUGAGAGACAGAACAAACAGAGGGGAGAUCUUAUAGUCAGAUACACUCUCCGUCUGCUCAACUCACAACAGAGACACUGAAAGAAGAAGGAGAAGAGAGAUGGAGGAUAAAGACUUCUCAUGUUUGAUUCCAGAGAUAUUGUUCCUGAGUUUUGCUUCCAAAUGUUUAUUUUUGUAUGUGUACAUUUUGAUUUUAUUGGUUGCAGUUGAGCCAUCUUCCUCUUGAUACAUACAUGGACAUUGUUGUACUGUACAAAGUCAAAGGUUGUGUUAUAACACAUGUUAUAGGGUGGUGUAGCCAUCAGAAAGACAUGGUGCUAUGUCAUGUCUUGUCCUGCUCUCUGUUCUCCUCAGACAGUAUUACCAUUCCUUAUCAACAUGAGACUCGAGACCAAGUGGACAGAACCCAGCUCUGACUGUAACCCAUCAGCCCUGUACAGAAACCAACCAAAUGCAUCCUCAUCGUACGAGAGCGAACGGAACUCAGAACAGGCGACCUCUGGAGGGGUCAAAGUUCAACCAGCAUGCUUAUCAACCCCAAACCCCUUUACCCUGUGUGAUAAGAGAAAAUACACAGGUCCACAGAGUAUGUUGGGUAUAAGGACAAAACAACAACCAGCACCAUACUGGUUUGUAUAAGACCCUCCUCAGCAGUAACGUCAUCUGUAUGUACUGUAGGUUCUGUUUCAUACAUGUCAAUGUAUGUGAAUGUACAAAAGCAGAUGUGGGUUUUUCUUUUUCCUUUGGGUUUGUUUUUCUAAACAAAAUGGAGUUAGUUGAACAGAACUCUAUAAUGUCUAAAUAGAUGGCUAACUGAACAUGUACUGAAAAUUCAUCCGUCCUAGUCCUUUGCCCCACUCACAAUGUUUCACCUGUUACCAAAUCUCUAUCUCUAUCAUAGGAGGGUGUGUACUAUGCCGUCUGUAUUGUAGGCGUCUUUGCCGUGGCUACGCUGCCCUUAACGUACAAAUACCAUAAUAUACUGGAGACUAGAUUCUAGAGGCCUGCCAAGAUGGGGACUGAGGCCGUCCGGCCGGUGGCAGCGAUAGUGAAAAUACUCCGUAAUAUAACCAUUGUUUGUAUCGCUUUUGGGGAUCAGAUCAAGUGUGUGUGUAAAACUUGCAUGCAUCGUAUCACAUGUCAGAAGAAGUGUUUUCAAGGUCUAUCUUUGUUUUUUAAGUGCCAAUGGAUCAGGCUAGCUGGAGAUGGCCAGCAGCUAAAUGUUAGCAGACGUUAGUUUUCUACCCAACCAGUACACCAACAACAAUGUCUUUCUAAAAGAUAGUAAGAAGAAGCCUGUGUGGGUCUAGUUUGAGUAAGUGCCAAAAGAUCCUGUCAUUUAAAAAUGAUUCACUGAUGUGUCCAAAUCGAUUAAUGCUUUACAGAGGGAGCCAGCCACGCCCUCAAACUGAAGUAGAGUCUGUAGAGAGGUGCUCAUGUAACUGGAAGCUAGUGAACAGGCAGCAGGUACGAAGGAAGGUACUGUAGUAGGCUCAGGAGAGACACAACUCCGUAUAAUAGUUACUAGUAAUAGUUAAGAAGAAAUAUCUCAACCGCAAGCAUGGACAAAAGAGGAUAAACACGUCAGACAUAAUGCAUGUUACAUUACCAGGUAGAUCUUUGGUAAGAUUGGAUUGUCCUGUACCAAACUUAACCCAUUCAUGAAAGGAUAUAUAGACUGACUUCCAGUGAGGAAUUAAAGGGAACCUGUCAAAGCUGGAUGACCACAUACUGUAGAUUCACUCUGCUGGAUUAGUGACCACCACCAUUCUGUUUUCUCCAGACUUUGAUGUUUGCUCAUUGUUUACAUCAAGUACUUGAAACUAGGUAGUAUUAAAGGUGUACAGUACAAUUACAUUAUUUAUGGAUGGAGAAAAUAUAACACCAAUGUUGAUGGAUGAAAGGUGCUUAUUUUUUUCUCUGCUGCCUUAGAACUCCAAAUGAACCAACCAUAAAACCAUAAAAGUUCUCCUGAUUCUUCUUCACCACUUCAACACUAAUCUGCAGCCUCUGGUGGCUCCAUUUUGUUGAAUUUGACACUGUCCUUUUGAUAAGGUACCUGGGCUGCCACGGUGUGUGAAGAAGUGAAAAGGUGAAGAGGUUAUGACCUGGUUCUGUACAGGAAGGUGGGCGGUGAUUCAGUCAUCUCGCCAGAGCUGUUUGAAGAGUAGAGCUCAGUCAGAAAUGAGAGAGAGAAACACCUUCAUUUUUUUCUACUUUUUCUCCCCAAUUGGUAGUUACAGUCUUAUCCCAUCGCUGCAUCUCCCGUACGGACUCGGGAGAAUCACCGGUCGAGAGCCAUGCAUCCUCCGAAACACAAUCCGGCCAAGCCGUACUGCUUGGAUAACCUGGAAGCCAAUCACACCAAUGUGUCGAAGGAAACACCGUACAACUGGCGACCGUGUCAGCAUGCACUGCGCCCAGGCCGCCACAGGAGUUGCUAGUGCGAGAUGGGACAAGGACAUCCUGGCCAGCCAAACCCUCCCCUAACCCGGACGACGCCGGGCCAUUUGUGUGCACCCUCAUGGGUGUCCCGGACGUGGCCGGCUGCGACACAGCCCGGGAUCGAACCCGGAUCUGUAGUGAUACCUCAAGCACUACCGAUGCAGUGCCUUAGACCGCUGCGCCACUCGGGAGGCCCUGAGAAACCCCUUUAGCUCUGGUUUCCUGCUUUGAAGCGCUUUGAUCGGAGUGUAGUUGUGUGAUCAGGAGAUAGAUGAAAAACACAUCAAAACUGGUAAAGAGAAAUGCAGUGAGACCACAUGAUUGGCAUGGUAUUAAUAUCUCCAGCCAAGGGGGGUGGAUGGGUAUAGGGAGAGAUGUGGGGGGGGGGUCUGUUGGCCCCCUGGUAAGCAGUAACUACUCCUGCUCAACACAAAUACUGUGUCUAUAGGUGCACUCUAAAUAUAGACACAGACACUCAUGCUCAAAUGUACCUUGUAUAUUGUUAUGCUAUAUUCUCCAUAGUAGUAACAGAUUAAAGGCCCAAGGCAGACAUUUUUAUCUCAAUAUCAAAUCAUUUCUGGGUAACAAUUAAGUACCUUACUGUGAUUGUUUUCAAUCAAAAUGGUCAAAAACAAAACAAAAUAGCUUCUCAGCAAGAGCAAUUUCUCAAGCAAAACUCCAUCCCACCAAAACAGGCUGAAAUUACAGGCGGUCUUUUCAAACAGCUCUUACACUUAAAGGGUGUUAUCAUAUUUUUCACGAUUUAACAGUAUUGAUCCACCUCAUGUUUUUGACUGCACUGGGCCUUUAAAGGAAAAAGUGGGAUUUGACUUGAACUAAGUUUGCUUUUCUCUUAAGGGAUCUUUAUUUAAUGUUCUGUUUUUGAUUUGUCUUUAUUUUCAUGAACUACCAUUCACUGUUUUUGCUUCACUGUUCUUAAAAUGAUAAAUCGAACCUUGUCUUUUGGUCAGCAUGCCAUAACACCAAUAGAAAAUACAUUUCACACAUCGUAUUAUUCCUUAUCAAGUCUUAACUCACAUCUGUCUGCGUCUGACGUUUUGUGAAAGAGAUUUUAAUUGAUUUUUUCAUACUAUACACUUUUGUAUUUCUUGGGAGAUGAUGACAUUCAAUAAGAAUUUCAAAGGUGAAUUUUUUAUAAUUACGUUUGUUUGACAUUCUGCAGCGCAGAAUUGAAUUUCACAGCCAGUUAAUGGUCUCUGAGACGUGUUGCAGUUGAUACACUUUGGCGAUAGAAUAUUAUAACACAGCGACUUCGUUCCCACUACAGAAGACAUGAGACCUAAUUGAAGAAGAUUGUGCACUUUUCUGCUCUUGGCGCUGUAGGUGAUGUAGUGAUGGGUUUACUGGUAUGUUUCAUUACUCACAGAAAAACAAUAAUUAUUCAACCUUUUUCUUUUCUCAUGUCAGUCGGAGGAAUUGAACAUCAGAUUAGUAAUAUUCUCUUCAUGUCAAAAAUAUCACGGAAAAUGAAAUGAAUAUCCUUCUUCCAUUCUAAACACAACACAAUGUAGACAACCCUUUGUAGACACUGGAGUUCUGUAAUAUAAUCAAUACAAAUGAUGACAAUGAUCAUAAUAAUGGCUGUCCUUGUUGUUUUAUAAAAGUGUUGUGAAAAUUGUAAGAAGGUUAAAAGUAUUUAAAGAAAUUGUUCUUGUGUUUUUUUUUAUUUGCUUUGGUUUUGUUAUGAUAAUAUAUUAUUGUGUACCUAUUGUAAAUAUGAAGCACACCUAUUUUGCAAGCCAAGGAUUCACUUUGUACUGUUGUUAUAUAUAAAUAAACUUUGCUGGUUAAAAAACACAUAGAGCUGAAA